AGUACAGUGAAACGUAUUUGGACGCCGGUAACGUUUAGCUAUCCAUAAAUAUUACCUGACUUUUUGUGCAUUUGCAAUAUUCAUGUGUUUGCAUUUUAUUUAAGCUAUUUAGCAUGCCUUGUUUUGACGAAUAGCCAACUUAGGUAACGUUAAUUAGCUAGAUUCAUGUUAGCCAGCUAGACUAAUAAUAAUAGCAGUGACUCGCCAGAUAGCUAGCUAGUUAGCUAACUUAGCCAGAUAUAUUGGAAAUAUGGGAUUGUUUGAAAGAUAGCUAUAUCUAGCAAAUUGAUAAGACUGCCUGAGCGUCAUUAGCUACGCAUGACCAACUAGCUCAUGAUUUGUUCGGAGUAGCCUAACUAGCGAGCUACCCCGUUAAUGUUACUUAGCCAACCUGCUAAUCGUGACCGAAAAGCAUCACUAAACACUACCUAGCUGCACUUUACGCACCCUUCCGAUUCAAACUUAACGUGGCACUGCCAGCUACUUGUGGUACUGUAAACAAAUUGAGAUGACGAGACUUCUGUCUCAUAAUGUGGCUAACCUUGGUAGUUAGCCUUAUAACGUUGCGAGCCAAGCUAUCUUUAGCUGAUUUCAGACCAAGGCAAGAUGACGUUAUUUGCUGUGUUGUGUCUGCAAACAAUGGGUAGUUCGGUUAACUAUCGAAGCUGGGUGCAUCAGUUAUUCAGUGAGGUGUUUUCCUGUGUAACUCGAUAAAUUAGGUGGCUAACCAGGGGGAAAAAGGUUUGAAUGUGUUCACGGUAGCUGGAUAGUUAGCGUGCGAAGCUGUUCAGUGUUUAAGAACAUAGCCAGCUGUACUAGCUAGCCAGACUGCAUUGUUUUCCAACUGUCGGUCAGCGUAAUCAUGGGGAUUUUACCGAACAAACUAGUUAUCAUACUAGCUGUUGGUAGCGUAAGCUAGCUAUCUGAAUACAGAUUGAAAAUCCGUCGUUUAUGUUUUCUUGCUGUCACAAUUUCAAUGUUGUUGUGGUAGUCUGUAGGGACCACGGGAGGAGCUUCCUGUCCAACGAGCACCAUCUGGUCGGGGCGCUAAGACGAAACCAAGGUCGAUACCUCUGCCUGGAAUUACCUGAAAAGGAAAGGGUAUCAAUGGUUAACAAAACUAGGGUGUAUACACACUUUAAAACACUCUAGCAGCGAAAGGGCUAUUGAGCAUUUAACAUAAACCAACAGGUUCAGUCUCCUGAGUCCUGAUAUGAAGCAGUGAAGCUGUACAGAACCAUUUCCCCCAUGGAACCAAGCAAUGAUGUUGCACUAGACAUUAUCAUUACUAAUGUGGUCGCUGUUUUUAGAACAAGAUGUCAUUUAAAUCUUCGCACAAUUGCACUAGAGGGAUCAAAUGUGAUCUACAAGCCGGAAGUUGGGAAAGUUUUGAUGAAACUUAGGAAGCCAAGAAUUACUGCUUCAAUAUGGUCCUCAGGAAAAAUAAUUUGCACAGGAGCUACAAGUGAAGAUGAAGCAAAAUUUGGAGCCCGCAGACUGGCCCGUUGUUUGCAAAAAUUAGGUUUCAAGGUGAAAUUCACAGACUUCAAGAUUGUUAAUGUAUUGGCUGUGUGCACAAUGCCCUUUCAAAUACAUCUGAUACAGUUUACAAAGAACAACAGACCCAUUGCCAGUUAUGAGCCAGAGCUUCACCCUGCUGCAUCAUACAGGAUCAAAAACCUCAGGGCGACAGUACAGGUCUUCUCUACUGGCAGCAUCACAGUAACAGGACCAAAUGUCCAAUAUGUCGCCACGGCUGUAGAGCAAAUCUAUCCUCUGCUCUUUGAAUGCAAGACGACACUGAGAUAAACGACUGCUACUUUGUUUUGUUUUUUUUUAAGUGGAAGCACCUUGUCUGGUUAUUUUAUACGCUUUUAUCAUGUCAAAUUGUGUGAGUGAGGCAGCCUCACCUUUUGUAAAGGUAAAGAAAUUUGUCAUUUCCUGCAAGAGAGGUAGCGUCUCACUCCUUGCUGGCUUCCUUCCGUCCCUGCUGAAACACUGUUUCACUCCCAGACAGCGAUGUACAGGAGACGCAUUUGGAAAGUGUGCAUGUCAAUUUGUUUUAAUGUUAUCAUGUUUUAAUGCAUGAACGCCAAAGAAAGAUGAAAAUUGGUCUCAAAAAUACAUUCUCAAAAAUAAUCACAGAAGACAAACCAUUUCACCACAUGCAGGUAAAGCUUUAAAUCAAUUUAAAGACAUUAUGCCCAAGGAUAUUAAAAUGCCUUUACUUAAAUGAAGAAGUUACAUAUAUUACUAAUGCUUAUCAAAAGUCAGUAUCACUCUUGUGUUGUACAUAUGAUGAAAUGAACGUUACUUGGUAAGGUGCACUAAAAUUUAUCUUGAGAAGUCUGCCAGACUGGAACAUUAGUUAUAAAUGAAAGAAAUUGUUUCCAUUUGUUGAUGUAAUAUGUUUACUUUUGUAUUUUGUACAAUA